AUGGGGGAGCCUAUCUCUGAUCCUAGCUUAUAUAGACGAUUGGUUGGGAAGCUGAAUUUUUUGCAAAACACCAGACCUGAUAUAUCUUUUUCCGUACAACAUUUGAGUCAAUUUCUACAAAAGCCUCAAGUUCCUCAUAUGAUGGCUGCUUUGCAUGUCCUUCGAUAUCUCAUAAAUGAUCCUGCUCAUAGUGUUCUCCACUCUAGUUCUUUAGAUUUUUCACUUCUUGCAUACUAUGAUUCUGAUUGUGCUUCUUGUGUGGUGUCUUGCAAAUCUGUUAGUGGAUAUUAUAUUUCUCUUGGUGGCAGCCCUGUUUCUUGGAAGAGUAAAAAGCAACCUACCAUUUCUCUCUCAUCUGCUGAGGCUGAAUAUUAG